AGGUACAAGGUGACCGCCUGCUUGUUGCGCAUCUCCUUGAUAUCCUGAGUGAUUGAAGGCUAUUUUACUUUGGCGACAGCAACCGUGAACAUUUAGGUGCUCACUUACAUGCACGCACGACCCCUGUUGCUUGGCCGACAAUAACCCUGGCGAUCCAGCGCGACGUGUCUAUCUAACAUGGAUUCACCACUUCCACCGCAAGAAGACGGCGAGGAUCAUCAAAGCAAAGACGGAUUCAAGAUUCCUGACUCUCAGGAGGCCAACAUGAACAAUAUGCAAAGACAUUCGCAUGCCAAAAGCAGGACACCUGAACCUCAGGUAGAUCGACAAGCCAGCAACUCUGACCCGCCAGACACACCAGGAGUUCUUGAGCCGUUUGACUGGGAUGAAUUCGAAGCGCGUUAUGAGGCUGCUUUGCACGAUGCCGACGACCAGGAGCGUGAGAUCUUAAAAGAGGCAGAUGCACUUGCAAAGUAUUUCAAAGUCUGGGCAGCCGCAGCAUCAGCACAUGAUGAUGAGCGGGCAGCAAAGCGGUUGCAAACUCGAAGGCGCUUUGUGAAUCUUGCCGAAGACAAGAUGGAACGAAAACAGCAGCACUACGAUCAAGUUGUAAGGGCCUUUGAGAAUGCGCUGGCUCUUCUCAAAUCCCUGUGAGCGUUGUACUCUACAGGCUUGUGGUUUUUGACUUGAGUUACAUUUCCAGGCGAAUGCAUAUUUUACCCAAACCUCCAGACCAAAACUUUUGGCCCUACUUCCCAACCACACACCUUAUUUUGGCCCUUAUUCCUUUCCGUUUGGAUCCAGGUCCGCGGCUUAUCAUAUACCGACACGUGACGUAAUUACAGCCUGGAGCUCCAGCUGUCGCGUCUCCCCAAUCUCGCCAAAUCGCAAAUCUUAUUUAAAACUUGACAUCGCGUCGGGGGGAAAAAAAAAAUCGACAUGCCACAACCGAAAGAUGCAAAGGCAAUAGGUAUGUGUGGUAUACCAAGUGUCUCUCAUGAUGACCUCUUUGCUUUCCAUGAAGCCCAUUUCUCACAAGCAGCCCUUGCUUCUUUCGGGUCCGACUUCAUUGAGGCACCGAGCCAAGAUCAUAGUCAAGAUGACGCCACUGUUGAUGCUUGGGAUGGGGAAGAUGAUGGCUUAGGAUAUUAUCCCGAUGGCGUAAAAAGAACUUUGACGGACGAGCAAAUCGAAAUUUUCCGUCACUCGGAGCUCGAAGCUCUACGCAAAGAGAAGGAGAAGGCCGAACAACUCAAAAGAAAGGCAGGCACAAUGACGGGCGAGCUCGUAGACUCGAGUGACGAUAUCGCUGCUCCUGCGCAAACCGCAAGCGUGUUGCCAACAUCCUUCCACAGCAAUAAGAAGCGAAAGAAGAAAAAGGGGGCCAAACGUCCUGAACCGAAACCCGACCUUCGAAAACGAACAUGGGAUGUUGUUGACAAGGGCCUGGACUCGCUUGAGUAUGACUGAGCCUGUGGCACAACCACUAUGAUGAAGAGGUGCCAUCAUCCGCUAAACCUGUUUCACCAUUCAAGGCAGCUCAACUCGUAUGGGUGUAAGAUGUCGUGUUACGAGGCGAUACCCCAAUCUGACUCGAGAAGCCCGAUUAAUGGAAACAUGUAUUAUGAUUCGUCAUGCACCACAACAUGUAAGUAAGGAUUUGAACACUGAACUGGGAUAUAUUCCUGUCUGGUGUAACUGUAUCGCUAAUGUGGUCGUCAAGUCCUGGGUAAUUUGGAGUUGCCACAACGUUAGCUGCUAAUUGUUGAUGACUUCACAGCAGAAUGACAGAAGACCGCCGAAUACGGCCAUAUCAAUAUGAUGGCUCAUGACAGACUUAGACUCGGCCAUAGAAUUGCAAGAUCACCCGGGGAGUAUAAUGUAAUAAAUUCAACCUUCCAACCCGGAGUACCUUAGACUAUACUUCAAGAACGAUGCCUUGUCCUGCUUACUUCAGGUGAUUGUUGCUCCAUCCUCAUGAUUCAGAACUAUACAAGCACCAAAUCAGAUAGUCAUGGAAUUUCAUGAAGCUUUUGUUGUAAUAUAGAGAUCCUUA